UGUCAGCGUGUGCGUUCGUACGUUCGUCCGUUCGUUCGCCCCUGCCCGUUCAUCGUUAUCGCCGUCGUCGCCGUAGUCGUAGCCGUAGCCGCCGCCGCCGGUGAGUUGUAAGCACUUUUACGCCGCCGACCUGUCGUUACUACCGAUCGUACAAGUCUGUAUAUAAUUCGAAUUGGGAAUACAUCACGUUAUGAAGACUGUAACGGCCGAUUGUCGUUAACGGGGUUGUUAUACAUUUUUGUUUUAAUACUUGCGCCGUUUUUUUUUUUCGGUGUUACGCGUCGUUUUUUUUCUUAACGAGUUUUUCGGUAUAAUUGUUGUUUUUUAUUUGUGUGAAAAAACUUAACGCCAAAGUCGUGCCAGAUGACACGGACCCAUCGCCAUAGCAGUUGCAUCGCGACGACGCCGCCCGUGGUCUCGUAGCGGUCCCACGAAAAGUUUUCAAAACGGGUUUUCCCCGUACCAUGACUUCACAGUUUUCUCAGCAACUCGCCAAAAAUAUUGCUCACCAGACCGCAUCGUUAGCGCCGCAGCCGCCGCCGUCUCUUCAGCAACAGCCGCCACCGCCGCCGCCGUCUUCGACGUCGUCCAGCAGCCCGCCGCCGUCGCACACCAGACACUCGUCCGCGUCGCCCACCCGGCCGUCAGCGGCCGCCGUGGUGACGUCCUCGGCCACAUCCGCCGCAGUCACGGCCCCGUCCACCGCCUCAGGCGGCAGCCCCACGACGGUUUCGACCGCAGUCAGCACGUCCACAGGCCCUCGGUGCUGUGACACCGGUCGUCCGAUCUUCACCGAUCCCAUUACCGGCCAAACCGUCUGUUCGUGCCAGUACGACCUGCUCAGCUACCAGAGACUGGCCGCAUCCGGCGUACCGGCCUUGUCCAUGUACACCGCACCGUACCCCGAAGGCAUGGCCGCCUACUUUCCGGCCCUCGGCUCCGACCAACCUCCGUUUUACUCCGCCGCAGCGGCGGGACUAGAUCUCAAAGAGAACCUGGCAGCUGGAGCUUCAUGGCCGUACCACUCGGUCUAUCACCCCUAUGACGCGGCGUUCGGAUACCCUUUCAACGGGUACGGCAUGGAUCUGAACGGUGCUCGCAGAAAGAACGCCACCCGGGAGACGACCAGCACGCUAAAGGCGUGGCUCAACGAGCACAAGAAAAACCCGUACCCGACCAAGGGCGAAAAAAUCAUGUUGGCCAUCAUUACCAAGAUGACACUUACCCAAGUGAGCACGUGGUUCGCCAACGCCAGAAGACGGUUGAAAAAAGAGAAUAAAAUGACUUGGGAGCCCAGGAACAGGGUAGAAGACGAAGACAACAACAACGAGGAAGACCGCAAGACUCCCGACCAUAAAGAUAUCGACUGUAAAGACUCGGGAACGGGAUCCAGCGAGGACGGUGACCGGCCUGGGGCCAACCACACGGGCAGCGAGUGGAGCGAAUCUAGGGCCGACAGCGGGCCGGACUCGCCGGAGCUUUUCGAGAGACCGCCGCCGCCUCAUUUCCUACACCAUCCAUCGCCGUACCAUCACUACCCGGCCGCCAUGGCCGCACACCAUCACCGAUUCCCGUCGGCGUCGCCGCCCGCACCGCCGGCAGGCCUGUCCCAGAGCAGCGCGCCCAAACCCCGCAUCUGGUCGUUGGCCGACAUGGCCAGCAAAGACACCACGGCCAUGAGCACGUCGCCCACCCCGCCGACGCCCCCGUCGAUGGCCCACGGGCCCUUUGGCAAACCCGGCUCCGAACACAGGCGGCCGCCCGCCGCGCCCGUACCAUCGUUACCGCCAGGUUUUGCCCGGCACGAGCUGUACCGGUCGUUCUACGACGAUCCCGCGUACAGGCCCUUCGGCGCCGGCACGUCCGCGUCUGUGUUUCCGUCGGCCAUGGCCGCCGCAGCCGCCGCUGCCGCCCACAACAAUCACCACACUGUGGCGGAACCGUCGCCGGCCUCGUCGUCGGACGCCGAGUCCAUCGUACAGGUACAGCAGGCCGAACGGGCCUAAUCACCACCGGCUCCAAAAAUCUCAAGAAAAUAUUUUUUAAAACAAAGAAACGGAGCGAAAAAACUCGUAAAUCCAAAGAUAACAUAUUAUAUUAUAUUACUCGUAUGUAUAUUGUUAUAACUGUACAUUUUAUAAAUAGAUAACGUUUAAUAGUACCUAUAUUAUAUUAUAAAAAUACAUUUAAAUAUGUAUAUUGCAUGUAUAAUUGUGCAGACAAUAAGUUGAAUAAAAAUCUUGAAAAUAAAAAAGAUUAUUCCGAUACGUAUAUAAUAAUGAAAAUAAAAUAUUAUAGCAAAAUGUAUUUUAGGUGUAUGUGUAAUAUUUAAUCAUAUAUUUAUAUAGAGGACAGGCGUACUCGAGUCUGUCCGGUUUAAGACGACUGGACAAUCUUUUUACAUAAUUGCCGCGCACGAGGGAUGUGUUACAUUUUGUAUGUAUUCGUUAUUGUUUUUCGUUUCCAAAUAGGAAUUAUCGUACCGUAGUCUGUAACAGCCGUUAUGUGCGGUUAUAAAAGGCACGUGACAACUAUUUUGGAUUAAAAAAUAAAAAGUAUUCCCAUUUUUUGUUUUUUUGUAGUGAAAAAAGUAUUUACGACUAAAAUAGACAAAUGUAAAGACUAAACAAAAAUAGGUUAGGUACACAAAAAAAAAAACUCCUCGUGCAUCGUCACUCGUAUUAUUAUAUUAUGAUUACUAUUGUUUAAAAAUGUGUUUAGUGUAUAUUUAGCGGUUUUGUACAUUGUACGAUAUUAUAAUAUUUAUCUAUAGCAGUACGCGAUAUUAUUUUAUUUUGUAAUUAAUUGGAGAAAAAAACCCAUAUUGUUAUAGCUUUAAAUUUAAAUUAUUCUAUUAUGUUUUUUUUGUGA